AUGGCUUCAGCAAGAAGCAAAAGGAAGCCCCCCGCAAAAGAUCUGGAUACCAUGGUCGACAUUUCCAUGACCCGGCGCCGAUGGCCGAUUCGAGCUUCCACAACAUCUCUCGGCACAAGUGAAGCCGAAUCUCUCCCUAGAGCCACUGCGGGCCGUGGCAUUCGAGUGUAUGCCAUCGCAUACAAGCUCGCCUGGGCAGUCAAUCAUACUGACGGAGGAGACGGGUCAGAGGCGCAGCACGUAGCCGAAUCCCUUCGGGUAAGGGCGCGCAGGAAUGCAACAAUGUGCUCCAAGGGACGUUACGCCCCUAUUCAGAGAAGUGAUCCCCUUUCAAAGUACGAUCGCAGGCGAGAAGGGCCAUGA